GUUCGCAGUGGUCGUCGGUCAUGUUUACUGUUGUUUUUCGUUGCUGACCGAAAAGUCGCGUCGGCCGAUGACUUAUUCGUUGAUUCGCCGUCCGCUGAUCGACAGCGCGUAGCUAUGUGUUCCCCGGCGACGCCGACGCCAGCCCCGGCGAACCGACACAAAAGGCGACCCGCCGUCUGGGCGAUUCGAUGAGCGUUGUGACGAACAAAGGCGACCCGACGACGAGCAGGACUUAAUGAAAGGAGCGUACUAAUCAGCGUAUCACUACAGUUCGUCUAGAAGGGAAAGCCCAGACGGGCGCCGUCAAAAUUCUAUUUCUUCCCCACGUCCUGCGAUGCGUCUACGGACCCUUUCCAGGCAGAGGGGUGUGCCAAAUUAAGCGAGAAGCCCGGAAACCGCCAGUCCGACGAAGCUGCUCGACGGAGAAGUCGUCGGGCAUGUCACGUCUCGACGUUAGGCCUACUGCCACCAGACGCGCUGACUACUUGGACGGCAGUGUGUUCUCUGUUCCCGGAUUACCAUGGUUUUUCCUAGAGCCCUCGGCCCGUACCAGCUGCUGAUGUUCUGAAGCGUCGAAAUUCUGUCCCUCGAACAUCGGUCAACCAUGGGAAAUUGCCUCAAAUCGAUGUCGUCGGAUGACAUCUCCCUUCUGAGGGAUAAUCAAGGCACAAGAGACUCGUCAGCUGAUCAGCUCGGACCCCCGCCGCCUUACCAGGAGACGGUGUCCAUGCCGGUGUACUACCCAUCGCCCAACGUAAGCCGUCCAGCCUGCCAGCUGACUGAGGAAGAGCAGGUGGUGAUUGCCCAGCGAAUGGGCCUCAUUCAGCACCUUCCCACGGGCCUCUAUGAUGGCAGCAAGAAAAACAGAGAGUGCGUGAUAUGCAUGGGAGAGUUUGCAAUGGGCGAUGCAGUCCGGUUCCUGCCCUGUAUGCACAUCUACCACACAGACUGCAUCGAUGACUGGCUGAUGCGCUCCUUCACAUGUCCCUCGUGCAUGGAACCGGUGGACGCGGCACUGUUGACCACCUACCAGACCAACUGAGGGCUGCCCCCGCAACACAUUGCGCAUGCGCACUCGUUGGUCUGUGUUGACGUGGGGCGUAUUCAACUACCAGGCAUCACCUCUGAACUGUCCGCCGCUGCUGCUACCACUGCAGGGUGCUCCGCAGCUCCACAUUGAGUGAGCAAAAUUUGCGAUCGCCAACGUGUGGGAACUCCUCGCCUCUGUUACAGGCAGAGUGGGAAACCGGAAGUUUCUCCGACACGUCUGCCGCUUUCGCCAGCGAUGGUUUCGCAGGCGCAUGAGAAGAAAAGAGGGAGUGGCGCUGUCAAAGUCUUGGGCUACGUGACGGCACCGACUUGCCAAUGUCAACCUCACAGGUUUGGCAAAGCCUCCCGUCAUCAUUAAAAUUGUCCGGCCGGAAAAGUGCACCAUUACAAGCUUUUGGCUUGAGGACUUCUUAGUGCUGGCUUUUCUAGGCUUUCCUUUCCCAAGCCUGGGUGUGGAUAUGUAAAUAGAAAGUGUAUUAGUAGUGGUUAGUUAUGAUGCUUGAAGGGUUAAUGGAAGGCUCUCUUCUUCCUGUACCUUCCUUAGUGCCCAUUGCUUCGACAUGACCUUGCAUUGGAGCGUUGAUUGAAAAGCUUUCUUCUUUUAUAUAUAGUUUAAUUAUUGAAAGUUUGCUUUUGUUUAUUUCUAUCGUUCCUCUGUUUGGUUAGUUGUUUGUCGAAAAAGUCAAGCACUGCGCGAGAGCAGUGGUGAUAACAUGGGCAAAAAAGACUCCUGUGUCUGGAUUGAUAGUCCUUUGAGUGAGCCUAGUUUUCAUCUGUUUGUGAUAAGUUGGCGUUUGUGCCUGCGUCGUAAGCUGCGGGCACAACCGCUUUGGGGCAAGUCGUGAAGAAAAAUUGGUGCCGACUUCGUGCUUUUCCGAACGAACGCUUUGUGAUCUGUCAGCCGGAUUGGCCUGCUUUGAGGGUGUCAAGCAAAAAGCGGCUUCGGUAUGAUGCACAGGCAGUCCCUCCUGUUUGUGCUUGAAGCGAAGUAUUGAUCUGUGGGUGUCUCUUCUGUCUUGUCAUUGGUCUGUUAUUUUCCCUCUUUGUUGAAGGUCUCAAUUUUUUUUGCAAAAUCUUACUUGUUUAAUGCUAAUGUGAAAACAGAGCAAAUGUUAUGAACAAUGCUUUUUUUUUAUGGUUGGAUAAUGGAAUGUUUGUGCGUGUUUGUGUUUGAGACGACGGAAGCAAAGAGCAAAAGGAAGUUUUGCGGUGUUUGUGACAGUACGAAGCCCAAAGUCAUGUUGCACGCUACAGCGUGAUAGCGGUACUCACCGCAUACCAUUGUCUUUGUUAUGAUGUAAGGAUCAGUGCUAUGCCGAGAUCUGCUGCAAGUAAAGUAGCGGGACGCCAUACUGGCACGAGUGCGAAAUUGGCUCGAGGAACGGCAGCGUCGAUCCUAAGGAAGCAGAUAGGCAGGCAGUUGUUAAUGCGUAUUUGACCUCUUCAGGACUGUUCUGCAGUAGGUGUCCGUCGAUAUUUAAUAUAAAAACAAAAACGUUACGAGGAGUCGUUUACACUUCUUGCUUGUUUGUGCCAGGCCUCUUGUAGCAUAUCACUGUUCAUUUGCGAAUGGCCCUUGUGGCUUCAAGCACCGUAUGACAUCAUCAGUUUACUUGUUGAGCAGCACAUUCUCGAACUAGGUAUCCUGAAGAUGGGACAUGUGCUGCCUCUGAGACACGUCUUGGCACGCAAACUAAACUGUGCAUUGGUCGGGGCAGUGAUCGCCAUACAGAACCAAAACACACUGCUCUCAUUGUCUGCAAACGAUGUUGACAAGUGCAAGUUGUUACAACUAGCGGGCUUGUCGGCUUCAAGUAGUAUUUUGCAUGCUGAUGAAUCCCUCUCAAAAUGGGACAUUUUUAAUUGCUUCUUUUUGAUCAUCAUGUUACUUUGGUGGACAAGGUGUUUCUAGUGGCCGAUAGUUAUAUAAUGAUUCAAUGCCCUGCAAUAUAGUACCAUUACGCCACUUGGGCACAGACAAACAAGAUUUGUAAAAAUGUUUUUUUUUUCUUGCAGCGAGAUUAUGUGUUGGGCGCAUUUGACAUAAAAACACAGAGAGAUAGCGAGGGGCUCAUGCAGCGUACUGCAGCAUUAUAACUACUGUGCUUCAGUUCGAUGAUAAAAACUGGCACAUCCUGUUUCUUACUUAGUUUAUGAUUUGUUACGAGGUCGUAAUACGUUGACCGCGAGUGUCACGAUUAGAUUAGAGUAACGCUGCCAAAUCCGCCUGUACGUAAUUACAGCAGAUUGCUUCGGAAUAGCAGUGGUUUGCACAUUUGCGUAGCUUUUGAAACCUUUACAGUACCAGGGUUUUUCUCCACACAUCGAUUGCCGCAUGGUCACAGGUCCACUCUUAGCCAGCCAGUUUUAGCUUCCCCCAAAUGGGCAAGUAGGUUGAAGGCAGCUUGGAACAUCUAUAAAAUAACUCUUCCAUAAAGAGCCCUCUUUGUUUCACGGCCAUUUUAAGACUUAUUUUUCUUCCGCCUCUUAAGGAGGCGGGCAGUUGUUUCACUGUCUGUGACAGAAUGCCAGCCCACUAUAGAAGUUUGCCGAUGAACAAUGGGCGUUGCACCAAGUAUUUCCAAUACUUUCUCAUCACCCCCCUAAUAUUGUUGUGUUGUUUUUACAGACAAAGUUGUCCAUUGUUGGCACACAUUUCAUUUCAUUUUUUUUUUAAAUCUCUGGACGCAGUAGUGUAAGAAAUGCACCUGUACUUACUGAUAGCCAAAUUUUCUCCUUCACACUUUCUCGUUCGUUUGCAAGAUGUUUCAUAGACAGUUUUCCAUCCGCUUUUGUGUUGUUUGAGCCUGUUUUUUUGUUUUGGUUUGUUUUGGGGAGGUUGGGAAACACCGCAGUUCUGUGUUGAAAAAUUUGAUUGAUUUAUGGCGUCUCAAGGAAGGCUUCAGUGGUUGGUCCGGUGUACUUACCACGCUGAAUGGUCGUGCUAGUUUUAAAUUGGGAAGUUCCACUGGUUAUUGUUUUUUCAUUUUGUGCACACCUUGUUUAAAGCCUGUGUAACAUUGGAAUGCAGCUUUUCACCUUUUAUUCUCGGCUGUGUUGAGAAAACAAACAAAAAAGCAGCAGAGAGCCUUUCAUUGUGCAAAGUAAAAAAAAAUAUCUUGGCCUAGUCAUUAGCAGUGAUGGAACUUUCUUGUGACGUUUUCAUUCCUUCUUGGGACAAUGUAAAUAAAAAUAAAAUGUGCUUGACUGGUGUUGUCAUUCAAGUGUUUCGAUGACCUGCUACAAUAAAGCUGUGUAUCUAUUUCGUUUCAUUCAAA